AUGAAUGAUGAUCAAAUAAAUUUUGUUGGGAUCGUUUAUGCCCUCUUUAGCAUAGCAUUUUUAUCGUUGGGCCAAUUUUUAGCUUUUGUUCAGCAAAAAUCCAGUAAUACAUCAGGGCCAUCAAUUCAGCACUCAACUUCAUUUUAUGAAGCAAUGAUUUCUUUAAUUCUUACAGUAAUUUUUGAAUUUAAUUCAGAUAGUUCUAUUCUUGUUCAUAGUUUCACUACAAAUGAGUCUAUUCUUAUAAUUGUUUCUGGAUUCAUCGCAAUUUUAAGCAAUUCUGUUACAAUCAGCUUGGCCAGUGGUCAAUCUUCAAUUAAUUUUCAAUUACUCGAUCAUUUCAAAUCCUUUGUUCUUUUUAUCUUAAGUUUUAUUGUUUUUCCUAUCUCAGGAGCUCAGAAAAGAUUGAGAUUAAUUACGCAAAUUAUUGCUUUUGUUUUAGGUAUGUCAAGUAGCAUCAUAAUAUCUUUGUAUCAUUCCUUGGAUACUCAAAAAGAAUCUGAAAUCGAUUCUGACCAAUUUGGUGUUGAACCAGAAAAUGACGUGAAAGCUCAAGAAACAGAAAGCAAGAGAGUAUACCCUAUCAUUAGGAGAUUAUUGGAAGAUCCACUUUCUUCAGAUUCUUCUGAUAAAGAAAUCAAAACAUGA